AUGGAGGGCGCCAAUGGAGUUGGCGGGUUGGAGAGCGAGCGGAAGCCACUGUCGGAGGUGGUCGGCGACUGCGUCCAGUGCUGGUUCCAGGACGCGUACAAGGAGGCGCGCAAAGGGGACAUCGCCAGCCAGGUGCUUGUAGCGCAGAUGUUCUUCUCGGGUUAUGGGACCCCCAAGAACGAGUACAAGGGAAAACAAUGGAUGGAUAGGGCAUCAAGGUUCAGGUCUUCAGCUUUGAGGGUUGGCAGGAAACGUCCAGGAUACAAUGCAAGUGACUCAGACUCUGAUGAUGAAAAUGAUGACGCCAACCAAUAA